AUGGAAGAAAGCAGCAGUGUCACCAUGUUGGUGCCAGAUAUUGGGGAACAGGAAGCUAUGUUGACUGCCAAAACUGUCAUCAGUUCAUCAUUGGAAAUUGAUGAACAAAGAAAAGCUAAAACGGAUCCAUUAAUCCAUGUUAUCCAGAAGUUAAGCAAGAUAGUGGAACAUGAAAAGUCACAAAAAUGUCUUUUGAUUGGCAAAAAACGGUCACGUUCCAGUACUGCAGCACACUCUCUUGAAAGUCAAGAAUCUUGUGAGAUUCCAGCUAAAGUAACCCAGUCACCUGCUACUGAUAUUAGAAGGGCUGAGAUGUCUCAAAUACAUUUUACCCCUAACUCUCCUGCCCAGAGUGAUGGGAAGGCUAUGUCUUACCAGUGUAGCCUUUGUAAGUUUCUGUCAUCAUCUUUUUCUGUGUUAAAAGAUCAUAUCAAGCAGCAUGGUCAGCAGAACGAAGUGAUAUUAAUGUGCGCAGAGUGCCAUAUUACAUCAAAAAGCCAAGAGGAACUUGAAGCUCACGUGGUAAAUGACCAUGAAAAUGACGCCAACAGUCACACUCAAUCCAAAGGCCAACAGUGCAUAAGCCCCACCAACUCCGUGUGUCACCGAACCUCAGAAAGAAACAGUGAAACCAUUCCUGACGUCCCAGCAAGUGUGGACAGCCCACAGACUCAUACUGUGCAAACAGCGUCCGUGGCAGAAAUAGGUAAGAGGAAAUGGUAUGCCUAUGAACAGUAUGGCAUGUAUCGGUGCUUGUUUUGUAGCUACACUUGUGGCCAGCAGAGAAUGUUGAAAACACAUGCUUGGAAGCAUGCCGGGGAGGUCGACUGCUCCUAUCCAAUCUUUGAAAAUGAGAAUGAGCCCCUCGGCCUGCUGGACUCAUCCGUGACUGCUGCACCCAGCGGCGUCCACGCAGUAGUCAUCGCGAUUGGAGACAGUGAACUGAGUAUCCACAACGGGCCGUCAGUGCAGGUGCAGAUUUGCAGCUCAGAGCCGUUACCAACUUCCUCUCCUUUAGAGCAGAGUGCAGAAGGUGGGGUUCAUCUCAGUCAGUCGGUUACCCUUGACCCUAACGAGGAAGAAAUGCUCGAGGUGAUUUCUGAUGCCGAGGAGAACCUGGUUGCUGAUAGUCUCCUUUCAUCAGCACAGAAAAUCAUUAGCAGCAGCCCAAAUAAAAAAGGCCACGUUAACGUGAUAGUGGAGCGUCUGCCAAGUGCUGAAGAAACGCUUUCACAGAAACAUUUCCUCAUGAAUGCCGAGAUCGAAGAGGGGAAGAGCCUGAGCCCAACAGAAGCCAAGAUUGGGUGUGAAGGAAGAGAGGAAGUCUAUCAUGCUGAUAAAUGCACUGUUGAUAUCGGGGGGCUGAUCAUAGGCUGGGGCAACUCAGAGAAGAAAGACAGCGACUUAAUAAACAAAGGACUGGCUACUGAUGAGAAUGCCCCACCGGGCCGAAGAAGGACAAAUUCUGAGUCUCUUCGACUACACUCACUAGCUGCAGAAGCCCUGGUUACAAUGCCCAUAAGAGCUGCAGAACUAACACGAACCAACUUUGGGCACUAUGGGAACAUAAACCUUUUAGACCCGGACACUGGACAAAGGCAAGUAGAUGGGACAGUGGCAGCAUAUUCUAAAAUGAUGUCCCCACUGAAAAACUCUCCUGAGGGGUUAGCUAGUUUCAACCAAAGCAACUCUACCUUAGUAGCACUCCCAGAGGGUAGGCAGGAGCUGGCAGACGGGCAGGUUAAGACGGGCAUCAGCAUGUCCCUCCUCACUGUGAUUGAAAAGUUACGGGAAAGGACAGACCAAAAUGCUUCCGAUGAUGAUAUUUUGAAAGAGUUGCAGGAUAACGCCCAAUGCCAGCCCAGCAGUGACGCGAGUCUGUCAGGAAGCAGCGUGGUGGAGUACAUCGCUGACGCCGAGCGGCCCUACCGCUGCCGGCUGUGCCACUACAGCAGCGGUAACAAGGGCUACAUCAAGCAGCACCUGCGAGUCCAUCGGCAGAGACAGCCCUACCAGUGCCCCAUCUGUGAGCACGUCGCUGACAACAGCAAGGACCUGGAGAGCCACAUGAUCCACCACUGCAAGACGAGAAUAUACCAGUGCAAGCAGUGUGAGGACUCCUUCCACUAUAAGAGUCAACUGAGGAACCAUGAGAGGGAGCAACACAGUCUUCCAGAUACCUUGUCAAUAGCAACUUCUAAUGAGUCUGGAAUUUCCAGUGAUAAAACUGAUGGAAAAUGUGUUCAGGAAGGGAAUAAGUCUUCAGUCCAGAAGCAGUAUAGAUGUGAUGUGUGUGAUUAUACAAGUACAACAUACGUUGGUGUCAGAAACCACAGACGAAUCCAUAACUCUGAUAAGCCUUACAGAUGCUCGUUGUGUGGGUAUGUGUGCAGCCACCCCCCUUCUCUGAAGUCUCACAUGUGGAAACACGCCAGUGACCAGAAUUACAACUACGAGCAAGUGAACAAGGCCAUUAAUGACGCGAUCUCACAGAGUGGCAGGAUUCGGGGGAAAUCCUCUGGAAAGACAGUUUUAAACAGCAGUGAAGAAAGAGCCGAUUCUCUCACUUCUGCAAGUUCAGAAAAUUUGGUGUCAUCCUCAGAGCUGAUUCCCCAGACUCCCAGUGAAGUCAAAGGUCCCAAUGAGAAUGAGAAGCUAAGCCCUGCAAGUAAUACCUCAUGCAGUUUAGAAAAAAACUCCAGUCUAGCCCCUCCUGGCGUGGAGUAUUGCGUUUUACUCUUCUGUUGUUGUAUAUGUGGUUUUGAAUCUACCAGCAAAGAGAAUCUCUUGGAUCAUAUGAAAGAGCAUGAGGGUGAAAUUGUAAACAUCAUCCUAAAUAAGGACCACAACACAACUCUAAACACAAAUUAG